CACCAGAGAGCAGGAUAACCUUGCGAUAACUUCCCUCUAAGUCCGUCAGUGGGUGUUACAGGUCUGUAGAUCCUUAUCAGCAGUCUGAAUGCACCACAGCUGUGUAAUGUUUUUGAUAUAACCUUAGGAGGCAGUGUCACAAUUUACAUUGGAGAACAUUAAGAGUUUUGAACACCACGUACAAAGAGUAGACAUACAAUUGUCCGCUUGAACUGAAGUACAGUACUUCAACAGGAAGCUCGACUUUAUGUGGUUAGCCAAGCAUUGCAGUGUGCUCGGCUGCAUACAGGAAGUUCAUAUCACUCGUUGGUCCUCAGGCUGAAAACGUUUUCUUUGCCUCUGAGCCUUUUCGUGCCUCGCGCCUCAGGGAAUUUGUCUCUAAUGGCUCAGGGAAAGGACCAAUCCUUCGCAAGCCGCUUUUUCCAUAGAUAUCGUAAGACUAGCCAAGAGCAGAGAGGACUAGAGAGUGAGGUGCCUCAUAUCUCUGAGUUCGCCAUCAUGUGGGAUAAGUUCAUGAAAGAGUUCUUAGCUAAAGCCAAAGAAGAUUUUUUAAGAAAAUGGGAGUGUCCACCACAGAGCACGACUGGCCUGGAUGACUUUGACAGGUUCAAGACUCUGGGCACUGGCUCAUUUGGGCGAGUUAUGCUUGUCAAACAUAAAGAAACAAAUCAGUUCUACGCCAUGAAGAUCUUGGAUAAACAGAAAGUGGUGAAGUUGAAGCAGAUAGAACACACACUAAAUGAGAAGAGAAUACUACAGGCCGUGUCUUUCCCCUUCCUCGUCAGAUUGGAGUACGCAUUCAAGGACAACUCGAACCUCUACAUGGUGAUGGAAUACGUGCCCGGUGGUGAGAUGUUCUCACACCUCAGACGUAUUGGCAGGUUCAGUGAAAACCAUGCAAGAUUUUAUGCAGCUCAGAUAGUACUCACCUUUGAGUACCUUCACUCCUUAGACCUCAUCUACAGAGACCUGAAGCCUGAAAACCUGCUCAUAGAUCAACAUGGUUACAUCCAGGUCACAGACUUUGGCUUUGCCAAAAGAGUAAAAGGCAGGACCUGGACAUUGUGUGGGACUCCUGAGUACCUGGCUCCAGAGAUCAUCCUCAGCAAGGGCUACAACAAAGCUGUGGACUGGUGGGCACUUGGAGUUCUUGUGUAUGAAAUGGCUGCUGGUUAUCCUCCCUUUUUUGCUGAUCAGCCUAUCCAGAUCUACGAAAAGAUUGUGUCUGGCAAGGUACGAUUUCCCUCUCACUUUAGCUCUGACCUGAAGGAUCUGCUGCGAAACCUCCUCCAGGUCGAUCUGACAAAGAGAUUUGGCAACCUGAAGAAUGGUGUGAAUGACAUAAAAAAUCAUAAGUGGUUCUCCACAACAGACUGGAUUGCCAUCUACGAGAGAAAGGUUGAAGCCCCCUUCUUGCCAAAGUGCAGAGGACCAGGCGACACAAGCAACUUUGACGACUACGAAGAGGAGGACAUUCGUGUCUCACAAACAGAAAAGUGUGCAAAAGAGUUUGCUGAGUUCUAGUGAGUGGGCAAGAGUCCCAUCAGGGCUCACGUGCUUUGGGAUAUUUGCACUCUCCUGAGGGUUAAGGUGGAACUGAGGCUGUCACAUGUUCAAAACAAAUGCCUCGUUCCUUCAUUCCACACAGCUGAAUGAGGUCCUUUUUGCCAUGAUCCUGCGUGCAAUUAGCACUAACCUAUACACAGGCACAUUAUGCAGACACACCUCGUGCUGCAACACAUAAGUACUAGACCACAUGCUCAUCUUCUGUCUGUUUGCUUUUCUCUUUUUACGUUUGGCACUUUUGGAAUAGCCUCGUCCUUAAUGUUUCAAUUCAAAUAAUUAAUUCAAAAGCAACAUAAAAAUCAGAAGUAAUUUAAUGCCCUUUUUCAAAUGGCACAAAGAGUGAUUGAUUGAUUGUAUUAGCUGGUAUUGCACAUAUUGUGAUUUACAUUUUGGGAAAAUAGAAGGAUUAUUUCGUUAUUUCUAAGACAUUUGCCUGUUAUCUCUUACCUACCUGAGUGCGUUUCAGGGUUCUGUUUGUGAUUCAUUAAUCACGAACACUUCAACAUAAAACAAUAUUGUUCUGGUGUCCUUAAGACCUAGAUCCUUGUAUUUGUGCAUCUAGAAAUAUACAUAUAUGAGACAUAAGAUUUUCAAAGACUUUGUGUUGUUAAAGCAUGACCAAAUUUCCAACAAAGAGCUAGUGUUUAAUGAACGUUUCAGAGUUUCAGCUAUCAGGGAUUGAAUCCUCGAAGAUAUGGAUUAACAGUGGCAGGUGGUAUAAUGGAGCAGAAACGUGUUAGCGCUGAAUUUAACUAAAUUAUAGUUGUUUUUUUUUAUCAAUAUCUGGUUUCACCUCAGAAAAGAGUGGUAUUAUAUGAAAGGAAUAGGAUGAUAUAUUUUUCAGGUACAACGAGAAAGCGGCCAGAACUGUAUGAAGCGCAUGGACAUGGCGUUUUUAAAUAGCUGAAAGGUAAAAAAUAAUAAUAUUGAGAGUAUGUUGUAGUGGAUGCAAAUAAGGGUUGGUCACAUUUGUCCAUUUUGGGUUGCUUUUCAAUUGAGUUGCUUUGAAAGAGCACUCAAAAGACAUUGUGUUACUGCCAUAUUUGUUUUAAUUGUAUUUUUACUUUUGCAUGUUAUGUUUGUACAGCAGUGUCACAACAAGCUAAUAGUGCCCUGAAAGAUUUCCCAUCUUUUUUGUUGUUGUUUUCCUGUGUUGUGUUACCUUUUGAAUUGUGUCAUAGCCUGGGACAUUGAAGCAUUAGAUAGGCAAUGUUUAUCUGAGUGACAUAUUCCCCCACAUAAUACCACUAAAGCAGAACUAUACCAUCAGCCAUGACAUCUUAACAGAAAACUGAAAUAUCAUAACCUAUAUAAGUAUUCAUUCAUCUUGGGCAUCACUUGGUUGGAAAAUAUAUACUUACCUCAACUAUAGCUUGUAGUCUCUUUGCAUCAUGUUUAACCAAUUUCUACACUGUGAUGGAGCAAUAUUUGCUCAUUCUUCCUUGCAACAUUGCUCAGGCUGAGUCAGGUCAGUAAGGGAACGUUAACAUACAAAGAAAUGUUGGUCUUGUUUCAGAUUUUUAAAGGGAAUAAGGUCCAGAGUCUGGCUUUUGAAGAACAUUUAAACGUUUCAUUGUAAAUCACUCCUGUUAAGUUAUUGCCUACACAUAUUUAAUACAUAGUUCCCCCUUUUAAGACAAAUCUAGGUUUUAUGAAGGAUUUUUCUAUGCUGAGCACCAUUCAUCCUUUCCCAUGAAUUCUGACACAGUGCCCCUUCCUUGCUGCUGGACAGGUUGACAUGGUGUAUGUAACCGGUUAUCAUACAAUCUGUUUGUGAAAGGUUCAAUACCUACAAAGCCAAGGUGUCCACUUGUUAAACUUCCAGAUGUCAGAAAGGUCCUCAGUGCUCAUGGUCCUGCGAUCCUCUGAUUCUUUAGAGGGAGGAUUUUUCUCUGCCGUCCACGGGGAGGUCAGGUUUUGAGGUCAUUCCUGCAGGUCGGGCACUCAGGGUUGUGGGGAAAUCAAAGUUUUUCAUUUCACAUUUUGUUGCAAACAAUAGUGCAUCGUUGACAGUCUUUCAAUUUAACAUCUCCUAAGUCUUCUGAAACUUUGAUCAUUAUUUGACAUGGUGCUCAAGUGUAUGUAGAUGAACAAUGCAAUUUAAUCGAGUUCAACAAUUUUUGAAAACCAAAUGUGAAAAAGGUUUGGUGACCUAAUUCUUUUUUUAAGGUACUGAUGUACUGUAUAUUGAUAUUGACUAUGCCUGAAUUUAAAGUUGUAUUCAUAUAUUGAACACAUGAUAUGAUAUUGCAUUUAGCCCUGAUUUCAUUUUAACGGCACAGUUGUUUAUUAUGCUAUUUUAUUUAAAUUAGAGAUAACUUCUAAAAUAUAUUUUUAAUUGUUUAAACUCGCAAAGUUCUCAGUAUAUAUAGGCAAACUCCAACUGUUGUAUUCGCAAAAGUGCUAUAAACAGUUAAUAUAUUAGAUUAUUUAUUUGUACCAUGCUUUUUUAUUUGCCCUUAUUAAAAAUAAAAGGAAAAUAUUUAACACAGUAAAUAUACAUUGAUGCCACUCAAGCCUAUAUAAAAUGGUAGCACAUUAGUUUAACUUAUUUUAUUAUUUUUCUUUCUUCUUCUUUUUUUGUUUCUUUACUUGAAGUGAAAUGACCUUUAUUAAAGGUCGUCGAACAUUAUUUUUCAAGUUUGAAGGAUGAACAGAAUGUAAUUGCAGAAUUGAUGACAUUUUUUAUCUGGACAAACUUUGAAAACUGGGAAAUUCAGCAUGUUUCAAUCCAAACUGCCUGUGUCUAAAUCCUCCCAUAAAAAAUAUGUAGGAAAUCCACAGCUCUUUAUUAUGUGUCAUUUAUAUCCCAUGUGUGUAAUAAUGUUUGUCAUAUUUGAUGUAAAUGAUGGCAUUUUUCCCUGAACCACUUCACACUCCUGACUGAAAGAAAUCAGUUAAUGACUUCUUUGUAGCUAGUCACACAUGCCAGUAUGGGAUCAAUAAUCUGAAAUGUGUCUGUAUUUAGUUUGUGGGAUAUUUUGCACAUCAUUUAAAAGGCUGACACGUUUUUUCCCACCUAUAUUUACUUGUGUUUGCAAGGGGGAUAUACUUUGCUGUAGCAGAUUUUAUGUAACAAAAGAUAUGUCACUAUAAUAAAUUCUUUUUAUCAAAGAAAA